GCUUGUUGGACGUGAAUCCAACCCGCAGUCGCUGAACCCAGGAGCAUCUACUGCAUGAACAAUGAACCGGCUCCUCUAGAAGGAGGUGAUUCGGUGAAACGGAGAUGAAGUGGACGUUUGAGGAGAGUCGAGGUGAUGGGAUUGUACAGCAGCAGUGUUUUCUGCGGGAUAUCUGUGGUGUGAAUGACCUCUAACGGUGCAGGGAAUUAGUAAUUUCUAAGACUUUGUUGUCUGCAGAGUCAAUCCUCUUAACGUGCUGUGAUAGCGGCACAUAGGCGGGCUGCUGUUGCCUUGUUGAUGAACUUUCACUGUAUGGACAUUAAAAUAGGCUCCACAUGUAAAGGCUACAUUGGCUUAGUGUCUUAAUUUAUUUAUUUACAUGUGUAUGUGAUUAGUGAAUGGCCUAUAGUCUGCUAGGUUUGACCAAAGAGCUGGAUUGUCACAGCAAAGUCAUCCUUUAUCCCAAAAAGGAUUUUCUUUUCAUACUUCACUGGUGAAAUCACUGAUGCUCCAACUCCAGGGGUGAGUUUGAUCACAGCUGAUCACCUUUAGAUUUAAAGCUCCACUGCAUUGACAUUUUCUUGAGAUAUUUGUGGCACAAGCUGCUUGAUGUCAUGAGUCGGCCAUCUGUUGUGGAAACCUACUUAAACCUGCGAGCAGAUUAACCAGUGAAAGGUCCAAGGCAUCACUCUGGACGUUUCUAGUCAGCUUCCUGCUGGUGGAGGAAGAGGAGGAGGGAUGCUGAGGGCCACCGUGGUCUCACUGGAGCAGAGAGAUGAGGAGCAGGAGGAUGAAGGGGAAGAAGAGCUGAGGGAUGGAGGGGUGCCUUUCUAUGUGAACAGAGGAGGCCUUCCGGUGGAUGAGGAGACUUGGGAGAGGAUGUGGCGCCAUGUGGCUCGAAUACACCCCAACGGUGAAGCUUUGUGGAAGGAGAUCCGGGGUGUCACUGACCUGCCCAAGAUUCCAAUACCGAGUGUGCCUACAUACCAACCUACCACCACUAUCCCACAGCGCCUGGAAGCCAUACAGAAAUACAUCAGGGAAUUGCAGUACAAUCACACGGGAACACAGUUUUUCGAAAUCAAGAAGAGCCGGCCUCUUACUGCGUUGAUGGACAUUGCUAAAGAGAUGACUCGGGAGGCCCUGCCAAUCAAAUGCCUGGAGGCGGUGAUCCUGGGGAUUUACCUCACCAACAGCAUGCCAGGUGUGGAGCGCUUCCCCCUCAGCUUUCAGUCUCAGUUCUCAGGGAACCACUUCCACCACAUUGUGCUGGGAGUUCACAGCGGGGGGCGCUUCGGAGCGCUGGGCAUCAGCCGAAGGGAGGACCUCAUGUUCAAGCCCCUGGAGUUCCGGACACUGAUGGACUUGGUGCAAGAAUACGACGGAGCCUACAGGGGAUACUGGCACACCCUGCGCAAGGUCAGGAUCGGCCAGUACGUGUCCCACGACCCUCACAGCGUGGAGCAGAUAGAGUGGAAACAUUCGAUAAUAGACGUGGACAAGCUGACCAAGGAGGAGCUGCGGAAGGAGCUGGAGAGGCACACUCGAGACAUGAGGCUGAAGAUAGGAAAGCCUGCACCACCCUCUCCCACCAAAGACAGGAGAAACAGCAUGGGUUCACCCCUCAGAGGGCCGAGCAGCCCCAUACGCAGGAUCAGCCGUGUCGAGAGACGUCCCUCCGGAGAGAAGAAGGUUUUGGAUCAAAAAGCUGCUGCAGACAUGAGCGGUUACCAGAUCAGAGUCUGAAGGAGAAUUUUUAGCUCGCUUGUAAAGUCACAAGGUACCACGCACAUGUUUCACGCAGCCGCUGAUUUACUGCAAGGCUAUUCUUUGUACACUUUGGCCUAUUCACGGGGAUGCAAUGUUGAAUAGGUCACCAGCAACUUUUCCUCUACAAACAAACGCCUCAUUCAGCUUCCCUCCAUCUAUGUUGUCAGAGGCUUUUUCUGGAGCAGUUACUGUGCAUAGUAAUUGGUGCUGGCAGCGUUCCCAAAUGAUAAAACGGGGACAGAAGUGUAGUACUUUGUAAACAUUUUUAAAUAACUGCGGAGUUUUGCGAACUCACGAACACGCUGGGUGAGACUUCCACUCAGUGUAGAUGUGCUACUGGACAUAUCAUAGGUUUCUGUGGUUUUAUUAUGUUCAACAAAAGCUCUUAAGGCUUGUCUGCAAUCUGUAUCGUCGUACUGUAAGUGUGCAAAUACAUGUAAUGUGAUUUUAAAUCCACUUAAGCUCUGCUGGGCAGCAACUUGCUUGUGUAGUGACUAGUUUGCAGACCACUACCCUCGUGCCUUGUAUGAAAACUCAAAGAGAAGACUUUUUAUAUCCACUCCAUUAUUCUCAUUGUCUAACUCAACACACAGCAGUGUAAUCUCUGCUCUUCCAAAACACUGAAAGUGAGUUAAGUCAGAUGUGUGAGGCAGUUUUUUGACGUUUAAUAUCCUGAUGCUAGCAUGUUUAGCAUGCUAUUGAGACUGAAUAUGGACGGACGUUAUUCUGGCUGCUGAAUCUAAAGCAAGACAAUUAUCAAGGUGGCUCACAGCAACGCAUCUGCAUCUAAUGUGGAUGCAAAGUAACGACAAGUCGGUUUAAAUGUACUGUAUAACUGCUUUAUGUGUACAUCGUUCCUAACUUUUGUUUGUAGCAACUUUAUCCAAUGUUGAACUUGCCUUAAGUGGUCAUGACUCCCGCUUAAGAUAAGGUGUAAAGAGGUUUGUUUACAGCACUUUUAUCUGCAUUUUGUAUUUUAUUUUUUAUCGGAAAUUCUGUCAUUUUAUACUUCCGUCAGUGUUGGUGAUCACCAGUCAGCCAAUAUUUACCACACACUGUUUUGAACAUGUUGCCACAGCCAGCAUUUUAAUGUGUACAGUGGGUGUUGUCCAUUUUUGUUUCAGUGCUCUGUAACACGAUUGUUUUUGUACCAAGACUGUUGAUUUACAGGAUCACAAUAAAAGGUCAAAGUGGCAACACA